AUGUCGCCACGUGUAAGAGGAAGAGGUGGCAGAGGAAAGGCUCAAGUGCUAACAAGAAAUGAUCACAAAGCUGGGCCAUCACACAGGCGCAUACCAUCCGCAUCAAUCGCAUCGAGUCCUCACGAAGACUGGAGGACCUACAUAGAGCCUACGAGACGCUCUGUCUCACUUAGCUCUUCACCAUCAUAUCACGAUUCAUUCGGACUCCAUCAGAACAACGAGUCUGACCACUCGCAGCACUCCUUCAUCCCGUUGCAGCGAUCGGGUUCGCACCGUGCUUUCCAGGACUCGACCCCAUACUUCCAAAGUAGGUUCAAUCCAAUGAACCAGGUUCAAGAACCAGAGGGUCCAAACCCUUUGGGGCCAGCUGAUCACUAUCCUGAGAUGCAGGAUAUAGAGAUGGAUGAAGAUCCAGAUCCCGAGAUGCCACCGAGUGGGACGCCGAUGCAUCCCAUUGAAAUUUCCAGCGGAUCAUCAUUUCAUGGUUCGCCUUACAGGGGUCCGGACAGUUUUGCUGAAAGAUGGGCCACACACAACUGGGAGUACAUUCCCCCUUUCAACCCACAACAUCAUCAACAUCAGGAUCCCUCUGAGGAUUCGCGUUUCCAGGUGGUCACGCCACCGCCUCCGCCACAGCCAGAACAGCAACUGUCUCCAGAACCACCGAGGCGAAGAAGAUCAGGUGCACGGAUGUCCGUGCGAGGGGGUUUCCACUUCAGCACCCCCCAACACUCAAGCAACAGCCAUUACCCGCCGUUGUACGAAGACCCGCAAAUGGGUGGGCCUUCAAACCCAGUUUCUGAAGUCAACUCUCCGCCAGUCGCACCACCACCACCGCACAUGGGUUAUGAUAACCCAAUUCCUUCUUACGCCGGUGCAGCGGCGUACAACCCGUUUGAGCAGCCAACACACUCGGGUUACAACUACUACAAUGCCCCUAAUGUUGACCCGUACCUCGAGGCAGCGAACUACAAUGCUCUUCAUCCCAAAGGACCCUUUCAAGCUGCGUACCCAACUGGGUACCCAGCAUAUGGGUAUCAAUACCCACCACCUCCUCAACCUCUGCAGCCACCACAAAUCCAACCACCGCAGUAG